UGGUUAAUUAAUUAAUUAGAGGAACAACUUUACAUUCUGUGCUUCAUGAAAUAUGCAUUUGGACGUGAACUUACAUAAACAGCUGAAUAAAGACAGAAAACUCUUGCAAUGGACAAUCAGUAUAUCAAAAUUGGACUAUUCAACUUGAGUUAUGUUGUCACAUGUAGUGUGGUACACCUGACGAAAACAACAGUCGCACUGUGGCCCUGGGGUCGACUCAACCUCUAACAGUAACUUGAUAGAGGUGAAUAACCUGACUGUCAAGAAGUGGAGGCAAUAUAUUCCUCUGAAAUGUCGGUUCACACAAGAUCCACACAGCGCCACAUGCCAGAAGACAGCACUGCUGUGAAAACCUCAGAUCUUACAAGAAGUGGACAGACUAGCAGUUAAAAAUUUUACAUUCUGCACCAGAUAUUCAUCUGUUGUCACUGAAUUUUGGUGAAAGAUUUCAUUUACAUAUCAACAUUUGUAGUUGCAAUAGAAUCAUUAAAUAGCAGCAGAUAAUCUUCUUAGGACUCAUUGUUAUGCUGAAUUACUGGGUAUAUAUUUCAUGUGUAACAUGGAUAUGAAUGUCCAACAACCACAAAAGAAGAAUUCAAAAUUGAAAGAUGUUCCAGUUGCAGUGUAUAGAAUAAUAGAAGUUCCUCCGAAUGUAGAAGGUGUUACAAAAACUGCUACUCUCCAGAUUGUACCAAAAGCUGAAUAUGAUGAUGAAGUGUCAAACCAGAGUAGUUCCGGUGAUCCAGAUAAAGUUAAUGUUACUGUUACAACAUCAUUUGUAAUUGAUGAUGAUAACAAAGUGAAGAAACAUUCCACUUCUCAAGUAAUUCGUCUCCCAAUUCCAAUCCAACGUGGUCGACAGAAUAAUGUAAUUUAUGGAGGUUCUUAUGCAGAUGGCAGCGGUGGUGACAGCAGUUUCUUGGACCGACACUUUGCCUGUGCAAUAUGUACGAAAACUUUCAGACACAGCAGUCAUUUGAAACGGCAUAUCAACACUCAUACAGGGGAGCGUGUUUAUAAGUGUGAUUUAUGUGAUAAAACAUUCCUUGAUGCAUCCACCCUUUCCCGCCAUCGGAAAAUUCAUUCAGGUGACAAACCUUGGUCCUGUAAGAUUUGCAAGAAGAGUUUCGGCACACUUGGCUCUCUACGUCGUCAUAUAACUGUUCACAACCAAGAAGGAAGACCUUUCCAGUGUGAAACUUGUAGGAAACGUUUUCCAGAUAACAGCAGUUACCAGAAACAUAAAUUCAUUCAUACUGGAAUAAAACCAUAUGGCUGCGAUAUAUGUGGCAAGGCUUUUGUUCACAUUGGCGAUUUAAAUGGUCAUCGAAAAAUUCACGUUGAAAUAAAACCUUACAACUGUGAACGAUGUGGGAAAGAUUUUGCAAAACAUAGUAACUAUGCUCGACAUCUGCUUAUUCAUGAAGGAGACAAGGAAUUCUUAUGUACAAUCUGUGGUGUAAGCUACAAUUUCCAGAGUUCUCUCACUCGUCAUCUGCUGACUCAUGUCCGGAGGAGUAACAAAGCAUCUGAAGAGGGAAGUUCCACAAAUGAUGAAAACCAAAAUCUGGAUUCUCAAGACAAUGACUCUUCUCAAGAUGCAGAUGAACCUACCACGGAAAUCACAAAAAGCAUAAUUGUUUCAGAUUUGAAUCAAAUCAAGGUGAUAAGAACAAAAAUGAAGCAUCGUAACAGAAUCAAACAAUUACGCAGGCUCCAGGACUUGAGACAAACUCAGACACAUGAUGAAUCACCAUCACCACCCGUGGUAAAUGAGUUACAGUCUCCAGAGUCCUCUGACCCAAAACUCACAGAACGAGGUACUCAGAUCCAAAUGAUCUCAGACUUUAUUGAGGCUGAUCCCACAGUUCUGCCACCUCAAGAUGAAUUUAUAUCAAAACAAACCACAACUGAAGAUGUUACAACAUUGCUUACUUCAGCUGAGGACUUUGGUUCAACAAAAGACAUUCCACAGCUUAUGAUACAACCAAGAACUGAGCCAUUUGGUAAUACAGCUUCCAAAUCUCUUAUAUAUGUGUUGUCAGAUUCAAAUGAAAGUGAAUAUAUCUUAUCCACAAAUGAAUCUGGUGAAAUAGUGUCAGAAGUAAAAACAUCAGGGAAUAAUGGUGCUGUUAUUUCAGAUCCUGAUUCUGUUAUAACUAUAAUACCCAUAUCAGAUGAUCCAGUGACAAGUGUAGCACCAAGUACUUCCAUCAGUGACAAUCCAGAUGGUGUCGUACCUUUAUUGGAAUACAGUGAUGCAGAUGACACGAUCACUAAUACGUUAUUCUCAGACAUUCAUCAUGAGAACCAUAAUGAUGAAGCUGCAGAAAUAACAGGAACCUAAAAUGGAGGUAGCUCAGAACAAGUGUCAGAUCUGAAAGGUAAAGGAACUUUCGUGUUAAUGAAGAGAGCGGCAAAUCAUAUUAUAUCUGAAGGUAAACAGGGAGAGGCAGUGAGUUUCAAAGGUUUUUGAGCAGUCACAUUUCUUUUGCAUUUAAUGUUCAUAUCUGAGGAUUUAUACUAUUAAGAUGUACAAGUGCAUUUCCUCAAAUGUAAAAAAAAAAAUUGAAGGUCCCUGUCUAUACAUUUAAAGCAUGAAAAGUCAGAUUCAUGUUACUAAGAAUUAUGUGUGUAUUAAUAUGUACUUAGAACGUUUAAUUUUCUUUGAUACACCAUGUUUCGAUCUGUCUGUCUGGGCCAUCAUUAGGUGGUUACAAAUGUUACAGUAUCUUAUUUCAGCAUUCAAAAUUAAAAUAUUUUACAUAAAUGUGUAUAUCUAUCAACAUUAGCUCCUAACAUAACUGUGUAGAUAUGUUAUGGAUACUGUGUAGCAUACUUAUAAUAUUGAAAAGAACAUAGGUUUCAAGAAGCCUAUAUAAACAAGCAUUUAUAAUGAUUAUGAUGACAGCUGACAACAAAUGACCUAUAAGUGUCAUUGGCACAUCCUUUAGCGGGCGCGACACUCUGUUUUUAUGGUGUUUUACCAUAAUCUCACAUUUCACUAACAGUUUUACUGAAUAGAGAGAUACUGCAUGCCAGAAGAAAUAGUAUAUAAGUUGGAACCAAUAUAUUAAUUUUAAGUAUUGGAAUAAAGGUCCUGUUGUAGCUGUAAGCACUUGGUGAUGGUUUGACAGAAGGUAUGAAUAUGUGAAGAUUAUGGAAAAUUAAGCCUCCUGAAUAAUCUGUUAAAAAGAAAAAGACCAGUAGUUCUCGGUAGGCUUGAAAGAGUCACCUGAAAUGAAGAAAAGGUCAAGAAGAGUACUAUCUUCUGGGAUAUAACACUUAAUCUUUGACCCUGAAGAUGGAGGUGAUAUGUUCUUCCGAAACAU